AUGACGGGAUUAGGGGCUUGUGGAUCCUUGGUCGGUUCGGAGGGUCAAAUACGCCUCACCUCGAACGUGGCGCUGGAACGACCCAUUCCCGAGGGCACGGAGGUGACACUGACAUGUUCUAGUGACAGUUCUAGCGGUAGUGGGGUUCUGCGGAUCCUACGACGUCGUGGCGGUGGGGAAGGAAUCGACGGCUUUGAAGAUUUGGCCGAUUACGCUACCCGAGUUGUUCAGAUUUCGGCCGAUCGUCCAGACAUCGCUGCUACCUUUGUGGUCUCACGCAAAGACGACGGAUCUGUGUUCAUUUGCGGGGAUGUUGAGACCCUCGGCUUUCAAUCCCAAACAUCUGUGGUGUCGAGAACCAUUCGAAUUCAGUUUGAUCCGCGAUCACUUUCGUUAAAGUCACUUCCUGAGGGCAGAAUGCGUGAGGACAUGAGCAAGGUGAUUAUCUGCCAGACAGAUGAAGGAGGCGCUAACCCCGCCGUCAACGUCACCUGGCGUCAUCUCAGCCCCUUGGGAGGAAUAGAGGCUUUAGGCGAAGGGAUGCACUUCACUAGCGCUCAUCGUAUGUCCACUAGCGGCAAUGGAAGGGGCUUUGUUACCCAGUCUAACCUAACGGUAAUCGCACAUCGCCGACUAAAUGGUCAUCGUAUCGAAUGCAGUGUUGAAAAACCCGAACGUAUCGCCCUUUUGCGUCAAAGUGAAACUCUUGAAGUUAUCUUCCUUUAUUUAUACUUCCAAUGA